GGCAGCAGGUUAGAUAAAUUUAUUAAGAAAACUAAUUUGUUGUUCGAUUUCCUUUGAACCUAAUUAGUUCCGUUAUCUACUGUGAUCGAGGAGUCAUUAGUCAUAGCUGAUGCCUGAUGAAUGUUUAGCAUUUGGUAGGAUUAUCAGUAUCUAUUGCUGGUAGUAUGUUAAACGCACAGUAAUACAUUGACAAGUUAACCAAAAGAAUUAGUACACAAAUGAUCAGAAUAGCAUGGGAUCCGCUUUAAUUAAAAGAGAGUUUUAAUAUGAUAUAUCAAAGAUUUUAGAACCCGGUCGAAAUUUCACAAUGGAUAAUGGAGAAAAGGGUGAUAAGGGGAGCAAUCCAUUUUGAAUGCAAUAAUCAUACAGGAAAAGAGUAAUCAGUGGAAGCAGUCCUUGAAUCUAACUAUACUGGCUCUUCUCCUUUAGCUUACUCGGACCCUAGAUUUGCACUGCUAAGGCUCAGAAUGAAAGCAUACUAUAUUUUUCAUUUUUGUCCUAUGUUUGGCAUUUUCUAUGUACAGCACAAUGCCAAAUUGGUAUUGGGCUUGCUCCAAUUAUUGGAAAAUUAAUGUCUACUUACAAAAGGAAUAAAUGAGACGUAACAGGAAAUAUAUAGCAGAAUCACAACAAUAUAACCGUAAUCUAAUGUUAAAUAAAUUCGGCGAUAUAGUUUAUUUUUCUAAAUAAAAAAAACAAAACAGAGACAAAAAGUAGUGUUGAGUCACCUCUGGAACAGGACAACACACCAAAAAGAGCUUCAAGCUUUAAAAAGGGUAUAGCAAUGGCAGAUGGAUUUGGGAAGCAGAAUCCAAUUGAAUUGAAUCUUGAAGAGAUAAUUAAAAGAAGACGUAAGAAUGGAGGUUGAAAUGUCUCCACUCAACCAACAGCAUCAACAAGAACAACAAAAACAACCAUCUUCUUCUCAACAACAUCCUCUCUCUAAAUCUCUGAUUACAUGUUUGUACAUUGGCCAAUUCUUGGCAAGAUGGGACUCCAGAAUGUGGGAAUUUUCUGUUGGUCUUUACAUGAUCAAUCUGUGGCCAAAUUCUUUAAUCCUUGCUGCUAUCUAUGGAGCUACUGAAUCUGCCACUAUUGCUGUCUUUGGUCCUUUAGUUGGACAAUGGGCAGAGAAGUUGUCAUAUGUUAAGGUUCUUUGGAUUUGGUUGGUGAUGCAGAAUCUCUCCUUUAUGAUUGCUGGAUGCUCAAUAAUUGUGUUGCUAGUCUUUCCAACAUUGAAGUCCACAAAUUUCACAGCAUUCAUCUUUCUUGUAAUUUUGACCAACAUUUCUGGAGCUGUUGGUGUGCUUUCCACCCUUGGUGGUACCAUCUUAAUAGAAAGAGAAUGGCUAGUGGUUAUAUCAGAAGGCCAUCCUCCAAGUGUACUAACAAAAAUGGAUUCGAUCAUCAGAAGAAUUGAUUUAACCUGCAAGCUUCUUGCUCCACUUGUUGCUGGUUUCAUAAUCAGUUUUGUGUCAGUUAAAGCCUCUGCUACGACUUUGGCUAUCUGGAACAGUACAGCAGUAUGGCUGGAGUAUUGGCUUUUUACAUCUGUAUAUAAAGGGAUUCCAGCUUUAGGUGAAAGUAGCCGAAAGAAGAUUACAAGACUUUCACCAAGUAAUCUGGAAGAGGGCACAACUGUUACCAAAGAGCCAGAGAACCUGCAUCCUCAAAAUAAAGAAAAUACAGCAUUGGUGGAAAAGGGAUGGAGGAGGAGAGUCUCUGAGUGGAUCGCAAAGGGCCCUUUUGUUGGCGCUUGGAAUGUUUAUUUGCACCAAGAUGUUGUGCUCCCUGGAGUAGCUCUGGCUUUGUUAUAUUUCACAGUUCUCAGCUUCGGCACCUUGAUGACAGCUACUCUAAAAUGGCAAGGUAUACCUGCUUUUGUCAUUGCUAUAGCACGCGGAAUAAGUGCAACAAUUGGAAUUGCAGCAACUGUUGUAUACCCAAUCUUGCAGUCUCGCAUUUUGACUCUGAGAACAGGACUCUGGUCAAUCUGGUCUCAGUGGAUUUGCCUCUUACUAUGCGUCGGUUCGAUAUGGGUCCAAAAUCAUCAUCUGGCGGCAUAUAUGCUGAUGGCUGGAGUGGCGACAUCUCGUCUUGGCUUGUGGAUGUUUGACUUAUCUGUCAUCCAGCAAAUGCAGGAUCACGUUCCUGAAUCCGAUCGUUGUGUUGUGGGAGGCGUUCAGAAUUCUCUUCAGUCUUUUCUGGACUUAUUAGGUUACAUGAUGGGAAUAAUCAUCUCCAAUCCAAGGGUAUCCAUCCCUGGAUUUUACCUUUUCUACAGCAAUUUUUUGUAAUAUGCCUCUCUCGGACAGAUAUAUUGGAUCUUGUCUUGGACGAGAAUCCAAUCUUCUCGGCAAAAAGGAGCAUGAACAUUUUAUUUUAGAAAUAGAAUCAAGUGAUAGAGUUUCACUGAUAAAACUUGAAAUCUCCUUGAUCAUCAGAAGCUGAUUGACACAUGUACUGUGUUAAGCAAGCUAGAAUAAGUCAGUACGUAGAAGAAAAUAUCCCUCCAAGGCACUAUCUGUUGUCCAAAAGACU